CCUCAGCUACCAUUAAACUAACUUUUAUUUUUAUUUUUGUAUAGUAACAACUACCUUCUCUCAUGGCGCUGUAUUUUACGCAGGCGAAACUCUAUCUUGUACCAUUUCUUUCACUAAUGCUAAUAAUAUUAAUAACACUCUUGUAAAAACAUCCGUUUCAGCGCCAAUACCAUUUACAGCUCCACAGCAAACGCGUACAGCUCAAGUUCAUCGCAACCCACGAUCCAUCUCGUCUUUAGCUUCUUCGACACUCGCAUUUCUUACUCGUACUCAACCCACUCCUUCUCCACCACCACUACCGCCAACUCCUCUCGUUAUUAAUCAAGAUGAUGAAACUCCCAUUCCAAUCGAACUGGAUUCACCUACGCCUCGAUCAAGUAUAGAUACCUUUUUACAUCUAUCCCCAAGAAGUUCAAUGGACUCAAAUGCUUCAUUUCGUUCUUCGCCACAUAAUAGACGCUCUUCUAAUCUAUACAGUUCAUCCCCUUUAAAGAAUUCGUCAACAGAACACUUACUAUGUGGGUUUGCUCAAGUGGUCGGUAGUUUUGUUGCCGAUGCAAACUUAAUUAACCUCAACGAAUUCGAUCCCUUAAAACUAUAUAACAUGUAUAACCCUCAGGGAGGCUUUAGUGGUGGUGGAGGAGGUUUGAUGGUUGCCAAAUCAAAUUCUCCUUUGGAUGCCCGUACUUUACCAGUUUUCUCAACACCGCCUUCUAUCUUGUUUGUAGAUUUAGAUUUAGCACCUGGCGAAACAAAAAAAUUUUCAUACAAGAUUCAAUUGCCUAAUGAUAUACCACCUUCGCAUCGAGGAAAAGCCAUUCGAUUUAAUUACUACCUUAUGGUAGGCACACAACGAGCACCAUCCAUGAUUAAACAGCCUUCUUUACCCACUCAAGGACAAGUAGUGCAAAUUCGGUUCCGAGUGCUUAAUCAUGUAUCAGAAGAUGGAUCUCGACCUAUAUAUGACUUGAUGAACCCAGUGAUUCAAUAUAAGGAUGAGGCCACCGUAGAUGAAUUUGAGAAUAAACAGAAAAUAAAAAAGAAAAAAUCAGUUCAACAUUUAGAGGAACGAAAGGCCUUUAUGGAUUAUGUGGACGAACUGUUUGAAAAUAGUACAAAAAAUACGAUGAUUCAUGAAAUAACCCGACGUGAAAGUGAUGCGUAUGAAGAGAGAAAUGCCGACGACCAGUCCGCCAUGGAAGGCUCUUGCUCUCAAGUCGUAUCGAGGAUUACACAUCGUAGUAGAAAAGCAAUGUAUGAUAUCUGUAAAAACAACCAAAGGGUGGCAAAGCUUCAUUUAAUCAAGACUGCACAUAGAUUAGGUGAACCAGUCAUUGGUGUGCUUGAUUUUAGUGAGGCAAUUUUAUCUACCUAUAAGAUUUCGAUAUUUCUAGAGAGUAGUGAAUCAGUUGAGAAUUCUAUUGCACUUAGAACACCGCAACAUAUAUCUCGUGUUUCUCGAAAGACGCAUUCAGAUUUUCAUUCCUUUUGUCUAGACAAUAAAAGGUUAUCGUUCUCUUUACCAAUACCAGCAACUGCAUCACCUGAAUUUCAGACAACUGGAGUGUCGCUAGAAUAUUUUUUGAAAUUUGAGUUUAUAACAGGUAUAGAUGAUCAACCGCCUUUUAUUCCAAUCAACACGGAUGAAAAACAUCGUCAUUAUCAAUGCCUCCAGGAUAUAGAAGUGAGCACUUUUGACUGCCAAAUACCAUUAACUGUCUAUGGCUCCCCUGGAGGUGUAGAUAGGGCUUUAUAUGGUCGUCCACAUACAUUUAGAGUUCAAUAGUAAUAAUAAAAGUAAUAUCUAAUCAUUAUGUGCUUCGUUGAUGAUAUAUCAAAAAAAUAUCCUUUGUCAAAAGAGAUCGGAUCAACAAAAUGAUAUGAAUAUGCAGGCAAACUGUGCCAAACCCAAAUU